UUUUUAUCAAAACGCGUUGUUUAUGUUCAUGUUUAAAACAUUUUUCAAAUUGUUCAAAAACAAUUCGAGUCUCGAUCACGCCAAAACAACACCGUUGGUGACACGUCGUAUUUCCCGGUCUAAAAUUAAACCGGUGAAAAGCGACGAGUCGGGAGAAAAUACGCAGUCAAUCGAGUACCAGACAUCUAUCAAGAGAUUAUUUAUCUUAACGAUCAUCAGCAAUUAUUAUAUAAAACCUUUUUUGUGCUAAAUUUUUUUAAUCUUUUGUUUAGCCGGUUGUGAUGACAUACAAGUGGACGAGCGCCUGCAGCUACCAUUAUCAAAAAGUGUGUUUUAACAAAAGUCAAAACUGUAAAAUAAGAACCUUCAAGUGCAAUUGACGAACUGUGUUUGAAAAGUGAUCUUUUUUGGUAAAAAUGGCUACAAGAAAUAUGAUUCGUGUCGUGAGGCGCUUCAGUAGACUCAACAUCCUACCUAGGGUAAAAAAGAAACAAGGCGGAGUUGCAAUUUAUGUAAAAGAAAAUCUUAUGUAUUCUUCUCUUAAUUUAAAUGAAUAUAAUGUAGAGCAAAGUUCUGAGUUUUGUGCAAUUUAUGUACCUUCAAUAAAAACCAAUAUUUUAACUGUAUACAGAUCGGGAGGUGGUACGAAGGUACCAAUUAUAAAACCGCAAGAUGAACGCAUUCUUGCCAUUAUGGGACCUCAACUAGACCCAAUUGAAAAUAUGUAUGAUAGUAAUAAUAUACCUGAUGUUAUUUAUCAAGAUGAUAAAGAUUCAUCACAAGGUGGGUGUUUAGCUACAAAAACGCCAAAAAUAAAGAAAAAAAGUACUGAAUCUGAUGAUUUGAUGGACCUAAAGAAGAAAGUGCAGUUGAGGAAACUGGAAAUAUUGGAAAUUGUGAAGGAAAAGGAAAUAGUAGAAUUAGAGAUUAAAAAAAUACAAUUAGAAAUAAAAAAACUGAUUUGGAAAUUAAAAAAAAAGACUUAUUAA